AUGCCGACAGAUGCACAGAGCGACGCACGCUCCUUCCUCACGGAGGAGAUGAUCGCAGAGUUCAAAGCGGCGUUCGACAUGUUUGACACUGACGGUGGCGGUGACAUCAGCACCAAGGAGCUGGGAACCGUCAUGAGGAUGUUGGGUCAGAACCCGAGUCGAGAAGAACUGGACGCCAUCAUUGAGGAGGUGGAUGAGGACGGCAGUGGAACCAUCGACUUCGAGGAGUUCCUGGUGAUGAUGGUGCAGCAGCUAAAGGAGGACCAGACCGGGAAGAGCGAGGAGGAGCUGUCCGAGUGCUUCCGAAUCUUUGACAAAAACGGUGAUGGCUUCAUAGACCGUGAGGAGUUCGGGGAGAUCUUGCACAUGACCGGAGAGGCCGUGGCCGAGGAGGACAUCGACGAGAUGUUCGGAGAGUCAGACAACAACAAGGACGGGAAGAUAGACUUUGAUGAGUUCCUGAAGAUGAUGGAGAACGUGCAGUAA